ACCGGCGAACAAAUCUCCAGCACUUUACGUAAAAGUUUUUUAUUUUUGAGGUAAACCAUAAGAAAAAUGUCACGCAGUUUACAACGUUUGAUGGGGCGCUGGACGCAGUUUUCGCGCUGGACACUAAAGCACCCACAACCGCAACAAAUCGCUCGCAACUUCUCUGCAACGGCUGACCCCACAAAAGGCAAAGGACCCAUAUCAUGGCGAAGCUUGGGUGUGAUUGGUGUGCUAGGCCUAGGGGGCUUGGGUUUCAUGCUUUAUGUGAAGAACGAGAAGGACGAGGCACGAAUGAAGGAGCGUAAACGGCAGCUUGGCAAAGCUGCAAUUGGUGGACGUUGGGAGCUCAUAGAUUCGCAAGGACAGGUGCGCAAGUCGGAAGACUUUCUGGGCAAAUGGCUUCUCAUUUAUUUUGGCUUCACCCAUUGCCCUGAUAUCUGCCCAGAUGAGCUGGAAAAGAUGUCAGCUGUUGUGGAUGAAAUUGAAAAAUCUCCACAAUUACCUGAAGUUCAGCCCAUAUUUAUAACAGUGGAUCCGGAACGUGACUCAAAAGAAAUUGUGGGCAAAUAUGUUAAAGAGUUCUCGCCUAAGCUGCUGGGCCUCACCGGCACUGUGGAACAAAUUCGGAAUGUGUGCAAAGCAUUUCGCGUGUACUUUAGCGCAGGCCCGCGUGAUAAUGACAAUGAUUAUAUAGUCGACCACACCAUUAUCAUGUAUCUGGUAAAUCCUGAUGGUGAAUUUGUUGACUAUUACGGACAGAAUCGCGACAAGGAUCAAUGUGUUGCUUCUAUUUUGGUCAAUAUCGCAAAGUGGAACACAGCAAAUAAAAAAUCCUGGUUCAGCUAGACGGAGAAAAGAUUACAUGGCUCCAAAUUAGCCCUUGCGAGCAUUAAUUGUUGUAUUUUACUUUACUGUAAGCUCUAAAAAACACCAGCAAAAUAAACAUUUCAAAUUACACACCC